CCCAGAAAUACUCAAACCCAAGAUUGGAGCUGGCCAUUAAGCUGUUAGCACGAUUUCGAGUGUAUAAAAGGGGCCUAAUCUUAAGGGGCCUCCUCAUCAGUGUAAGCUAGCAGCAGCUCUAAGUGUGCAGAGGCAUUUUCCAGGGUAGCAAAAGCCAAAAGGCAGAAUGGUGAAACUCGCAUUCGGAAGCUGCGGCGACUCCUUCAGCGCCACGUCCAUCAAGUCCUAUGUGGCGGAGUUCAUCGCCACCCUCCUCUUCGUGUUCGCUGGCGUCGGAUCUGCCAUCGCCUACGGGAAACUGACCGACGAUGGCGCCCUGGACCCGGCUGGCCUCGUGGCGGUGGCGAUCGCCCACGCCUUCGCCCUCUUUGUUGGUGUUGCGAUUGCCGCCAACAUCUCCGGCGGGCACCUCAACCCCGCCGUGACCUUCGGCCUGGCCGUCGGCGGCAACAUCACCAUCCUCACCGGGAUCUUCUACUGGGUCGCCCAGCUGCUCGGCGCCACCGUCGCCUGCUUCCUCCUCAAAUUCGUUACCCACGGAAAGGCCAUCCCGACGCACGGCGUGGCGGCCGGCAUGAACGAGCUGGAGGGCGUGGUGAUGGAGAUCGUCAUCACCUUCGCGCUGGUGUACACGGUGUACGCCACGGCGGCGGACCCGAAGAAGGGCUCCCUGGGCACCAUCGCGCCGAUCGCCAUCGGCUUCAUCGUGGGCGCCAACAUCCUGGCAGCGGGCCCCUUCAGCGGCGGAUCCAUGAACCCGGCCCGCUCCUUCGGCCCGGCCGUCGCCGCGGGAAACUUCGCCGGCAACUGGGUCUACUGGGUCGGCCCACUCAUCGGGGGCGGCCUCGCGGGGCUCGUCUACGGCGACGUGUUCAUCGCGUCCUACCAGCCCGUCGCCGACCAGGACUACGCGUAAAAUUAAAGCGCGCGCGUGAUGAACGUACCGAUGGAACGCUCCGUUGUUUCAGAUUUGCAUCGUUGCUUUGCUUUCUGCUCUUCGUCGUGUGAUGUGGUCACGGUUGUGUACGGAUGGUCUGUCAGGGUCACGUCCUUGUGUUUCCUUUUACCGUUUUGAUUCAAUCCAUUCCAUGUACAAAUGUUUCGUUCUGCGGUCCUCGUAUGCAAGAAAAAAAAGUUCUACGAAAGUUACUUCCAAUUUC